AUGCAACAUUACCUAAACAAAUCGUAUCAAAAUGGGCAAAAUAUACCGAUGUCAAAGAGAUCACCAUCGAUUUUGGUGACAGACGCUCGGUCCUCCAAGAAAAGACUUGGUGCGCCUUUUGCAGGACAUGCAGCUGGUUUGCGUAAUAAAUCGUCUGCAAAAGGUACAUCGAGUAUUCUGGAUUUUAAAACCCCCUCGAGAACAGGGUUUGCGCGCCGUCGCAGCUUCUACGACACGAGUGGCUCAAAACCUUCGUAUACCAAAAGCAGGCAUUUAGGCAGGUUUAGCGAGAUCUCCCUUGAUAACAUUCUUUCGGACGUAUCGGAUGUGCCGUCCGGCAGAAGAGAGGAACGUCUCUCGUCGUCUUCGCACGAUUUUCGCUCACGCUUAACUCAAGAUCGACUUCCACAUCACACUAAAAUGAUCAAUCCUUUACCCCCACGUACAUCGAAGACAUCUCAGAAACUCGUCUUAAUUCCAGAAGAAGAGUCCAGGAAAAGUGUUCAGCAACACCGAGAAUAUGGACGAAAACGCUCGGAGGCAGCGAAAGCAGACACCGGCAACUCGAAGAGUCUGCGAGAUGAAACAUUAUGUCGCAUCACAGCUUACAAUGUUGCUGAGGGUUUCAAUUUGAAGCUUAGCGCCAAAUUUCUAAAGGAAACGCAUGAAGUUUCUCCCAGGCUCUACGAUGAAUGUCUCUAUGUGCCAUACUGCUUACCUUUACUGCCGGGAAAAGAAGGCUUUAGGAUAAAAUCCAAUGUAUCCAAAAAGACAGUUGGCGGCAAGACACUUAUUGACCGACUUAUAGAUAAAAGUGAACAGAGAGACCAUCAUUACGAAUAUUACUCCGGUGUAGAGACCGUUGAGGACAUGCAUAAUAUUUUUGAGUUAAGUGAGAAUGCAUCCAACGAAAUCGAGAGAUCAGAUUCAAAAAUUGACAUUGAUCACCUCCCUAAUCUUAAUACGAACACCACAUCAUUUGAUCCCAGCGAACCUCAAUAUUUCGCAGAGGAACGCGUCAACGAUAAGGAAAAUGAAUCGCAGGAACAUAAUGAAAACGGCAAUGCUGCCAGAAUUAUGGAAUCUUCUUCUCAUUUGACGUCUCUAGAGUCUUACGACGCGAGCAAACUGCAGCACGCAGAGAUCUUCAUAUUUAGUUACGGGGUGGUGGUCUUUUGGAACUUUACUGAAAUUCAAGAAAAGAACAUCUUAGGUGACAUAGCUUUUGCCAGUUACACGAAUCUGGUCAUUAGACCUUUAGAUGAGCAGGAUAUUGAGACUGAACAGUUUCAUUUCGAAUAUGAUAUGGAUACGGAACGACCAAGAAUCUUCAACGAUAUUGUCACUCUACGCUCUGGAGACCAUAUCACUAAGCUGACCUUGUCGCACUCCAUUUCCCAGUCAACAAAAUUAUCAAGGUUCGAAUCCAGAAUAUCACCAAUUUUGGGGACGGUUUCGAAAUUGCCGAAGAGGCUGGCUCUGUAUGGCACUUUAGGCUUGAAGCGUGAGCAGCUAUUGAAAAAGUCGGGGAAGCUUUUCAAGUUGAGAGUUGACGUUAAUCUCUCGUCAAGCGUACUGGACACACCAGAAUUUUUUUGGUCAUUUGAACCCAGUUUGCAUCCAUUGUAUCUGGCCAUGCGUGAAUAUCUGGAAAUCGAUCAGCGAGUUCAAGUUUUAAACGAUCGAUGCAAAGUGUUUUUAGAAUUCUUCGACAUCUGCGUCGACUCCGUUGCUGAACGAAAUAUGGCUAGAAUUACUUGGUGGUUUAUUGCUGUUAUUUUUUUGAGUGUGCUCGUUUCGAUCGGUGAGAUACUCAUCAGGUCAUUUAUCAUCAGAAAGCUAAAAAAUCGCUAA